UACAGAGGUGGAGGGACGAUGCCACCGUCUCGUAAUAACGGACAGUGCACGACCUGACCGCGUCAUCGAAAUUAAGAAUAUACACCGUUAUUACGACAUAUUGGGGCAGUAGAAAAAAGGGAAAGACAGUUUAUUCGUUUUUAAAAAAGAUCUUAUUAGAAAGAAAGGAAAAUACUUGAAACUGGAUGAACUCCCUGACUCACAUCCACAAAAGUGAUUCUGUCAUUAUGAAGAAGAGCAAUUUAGCCAAACGGGGUCCCCAAGAUGUCAACCAGCUGUCAUCGCAGCCAGACAAAGUCGGCUGGAUCCGCAAGUUCUGUGGUAAAGGGAUUUUUAGGGAAAUAUGGAAAAACCGUUUCGUGAUACUGAGAGGAGACCAUCUGUACAUCUCUGAGAAAGAGGUGAAGGAUGAGAGGAAAGUCCAGGAGUUGUUUGACCUGGCUGACUACGAACGCUCUGAGGAGCUGCGCAAGGCCAAGAGCCGCAGUAAGAAGAACCACAGCAGGUUCACCCUGCUCCGCUGCAAGCAGCCUGGGAAUAUAGUUCCCAAUCUUGUGUUUCUGGCUGUUAGCCCCGAGGAGAAGGAGUCGUGGGUCAAUGCCCUCAAUACAGCCAUCAUCAAAGCCAAGAACCGCAUUUUUGAUGAGGUUACAAUUGAAGAGGACAGUGUCCUGGUGCAUCCUACACGUGAUCGUGCCAAGAUUCCCCAUGCACGGCGCUUGCCCACCCGGGGACAUCUCUUGGCUGUGGCAUCCACCUCAUCAGACGGAAUGCUGACCCUUGACCUUGUCCACGAGGAAGAUGACUCCACCCCAGAAGAUGAGGAAGAAGGCUUCUGGGAAAAUAACUUCAGGGUUGACCUAGACAAAUGGACCACAUGUCGUCAGCGUUCUGGCACAGACGUCUCCAAACUCUGUGUCACCACAAAGGACCUAAAGGUACCCAAGACGGGCAGCCUGCCUUGCGGGAGCGAGCUCUCCUGGGACCGGGUGCACCAUCUUGAGGCUCAAUCCCGUACCCCUCAACCAGGGAAGAGGUUCAGUGCCCAAGGUAGGAGCCGCUGCGCCUCCAUGGAUGAGGUCCUUUCCUUGCGGCCAGUCAGGGGUGUCCUUCACCCUCACCCCAUAGGUGAACCUGUCCAGCCUGUCGGACCACUGCAGAGUCUUAUUGCCCAGAAAAUGCAGAGGGCUCAGGAGCUGCUGGAAGAAAUGCGAUUGGAGGAACUGCAACGUGCAAAAGGCUUAGACUCGCCCUAUCUAAAGGGCAUUGACUCACCCCGUUUGUACCAUUUAAGAGGCUCUGAGUCUCCUCACUCCAGGGCCUCAGGUUCACCUCGCAGUAAGAGUAGUGACUCCCCUCGUUUGAGGGUGAAAGACUCGCCUCGUUUGAGGGGGAAAGACUCACCUCGUACGAAGGGCAAGAAGUCCCGCUCAAAAGGUACAGACUCACCCCAUUCAAAGAGGGCUGACUCUCCUAAUUUGAGGGGUAACAACUCUCCCCGUCUCAGGGUUACUGACUCACCCUGUAUGAAGGGUUCGGAUUCUUCCAGUUUCAAGGAAACAGACUCGCCAAGUCUGAAGGGUUCUGACUCCCCACGUCUCAAGAACAUUGGUUCACCCUUUUCAAAAAGUUUUGACUCAUCAAGUCUGAAGGGUUCUGACUCGCCUCGCAGCAAGGAUACUAUUCUGAGGGGUAUUGACUCGCCAAAUAUAAUUGGUAAGAACUCCCCAAGUCUGAAGAGUAUCGGCUCACCUUCCCUGAAAGGUGCUGACUCGCCCCGUCUGAAGGGUAAUGACUCACUCCAUAGUAAGAGUGCACACUCACUUCUCAGUGACUGUGAUUUGGAGAGUAGACGGGCGGAGGCGGAGCGACUUCUGCAGGAGGCCGUCUCCUCCUGGCGUCAGGCUAAGGAGGUGCUGGAGGAGGUGAAGGAGCUGCAGACGCAGUCACUAAACCGCCGCUCUGAAAAGAAGACAAUAGACAGUCCCCCAACACCGCCACCAGACUAUAGGCUGGAGGACGCAUGCCUCUGUCGCCACCACAGCUGAAAAGCACGCUGGGUUGUCUCCAAACAAAGAGAAAAUAAAAGAGCAUUAGGGGCAUGGAGUAAAUACAUUUUUUGUCACAUUUUGUUGUCAUAACAUGCCAGUGUUGAAGUACAAAGCUUUUAGGCUGUAUUGCUCCCUUUGCACUUUCCUAUCUUGAUCCUUGCAUUCAGAAAGUAUUCAGACCCCUUCACUUUUUCCACAUUUUGUUACGUUACAGCCUUAUUCUAAAAUAAUGAGAAUUGUUCAAAUGUAUUAUUUACAUAAGUAUUUAGACCUUUUGCUA